AUGCAGUCAGAACUGCAACUUUCCAUUUACGAUCAACCGCUCACCUUAACGCUGACAGUUUAUUACAUGUCUUUCGUCAGAAGAAGCGUUCGAAUCAAUAAUGAGAAUGAAAUGCCUGUGGAACUAGGCACUUCUCGUCCCGUAAAGCACCAUAUCGUACGAGAUGCGCAAGAUAUUGGCAAUGCGGAAAAGCGUCUGCGUGUUGUGAAGUCACAGAAUCUUACAACCAUUGGAGGGUCUCGUAGAACUGCUUUAGGAGAUGUGACUAACAGACGCGCUGCUUUAGGCGAUGCAACUAACAGAAUCAACAUCAAAAAGUCCAGUGUGAGCGCAAUGAGCUCCACGAUCGCGAAUACAGGAGCUUUGGCAAAAAAGAAGAUUAUUGCAAGCAAGCGCAACCUUAGUAACGUCAAUACUAGCAGUCGCGCGCUCAACACACACGACGCCAGUAAAAGGAACUUUGACAAUAUCAAUAUUGGUAGUCGCCUUGCUAGCUCAGCCAAAAGCACCACGUCCAUUCGAAGCGCUUUUAAUUCGUCCUCGAUCAGUAGCCGGAUCAGUCGUUCGGCUCCAACUACAGCCUCAGUCAUCACCUCGCAUGGUUACUUGGACAAGAUUUCGCCAACGAUUAAUGUCAUCUCACUCAUACCGGAACAAGAACAACAUGAUAUUGACCUUGAAGACAAAAAUAAUCCAGCCGCAUGCUGGCAAUACGCUGAGGAUAUCACGAAGUUUCAUUUGGAGACGGAGAAGAAAAGGAAGCCCAGUAGCUCUUAUAUGGCCCGCCAAUCGGACAUUAAUUCAAAAAUGCGUGCAAUACUUGUAGAUUGGCUGGUAGAUGUGCACUAUAAAUACGGCUUGUUGCCACAAACGUUGCAUAUUGCCGUUCACUUGAUCGACUACUUCUUGGAAAAAAACUUGUCGGUUGGCCGUCAGCGGUUACAGCUCGUUGGUGUGACGGCAAUGUUCAUCGCCUCAAAGUACGAAGAAAUAUUUCCCCCGGAAGCUGAAGACUUUGUCAAGAUUACGGACAGUGCCUACACGCGUGAGGAAGUCUUUCAGAUGGAAGCGAAGAUGCUUGCCACUAUUGGCUUUCGAGUGACAUUCCCGACUGCCUUUCAGUUUAUGAAGCGCUUCAUUAAGGCAUCCCGCACUUGUGAUGAUCGAGUAGAGCACUUUGCACACUACGUUAUUGAUCGUACCCUGCAAGAGUACAAGUUGAUGAAAUAUUUACCAUCUACGAUUGCCGCAUCGGCUGUCUACGUUGCGCGGACGCAGAUGAGAGAUACUCCAGCAUGGUCGUCAACGUUAGAGUACCACUCGUCGUACAGUGAGCGAAGUCUUACUCCCUGUGUCGAUGAUCUCAUGGAGAUGCUGUGGAAUGCUCACAAUGGCGUGGGUAAGCUUGCAAAACUUACUGCUGCGCGGCGAAAGUUUAGCAAGGAGCGCUUUCUGGCAGUGGCAUCCCAGCCGCUUAUGUUUCGUAAAAGCACUUAA